UAGCAAACAUGGCGCGCGCUUUGCUGUGCUUACAAAAUCAACACCAUGCAUUCAGUGCAUUGAGGAUGUAGUUUACAUAGCUUGUAGCUGGCGAUUUUCGUUUCCGAUCGGGGUGAAAGUUAAUGCCAUUCGAACCAUUGGUGAAAGGAUGUGAGUGAAGAUUGCACGGCUCAACAUUUGGCGAGACUGUAUAAUUUUUCGUACAACAUCAAUUGGCCCAUUCGCACUUUCCUGGCCUCGCUGAAGUCCUCGUUUGUGUGGAAAUUCACGGAGUUUGUCGUGCCGAUAGUGCAGCAGGAACUAAGAACAUUUUUGUUAGCCUUGAACUGAACAAAGGACGCAACUGGUUUCAUUUACUAGUAGAUGUUGUUUCAUAACUUGGUGCUCGAACAACAAGAAUAUUUUCGUGGAAAGCGAUCGACAUUCAUUGAUUACAAUCUCUUUGGUUCUUAGAAUCCUUGCGGAUUAAAAUCUUUUCGCCGAUUUUCAUCGCAGCAAGGAUAAGCGCCUUAGACUCAGAGUGGAGUCUCGGAGAGUGUUUUUAUCGGUAUUGUAGUCUAGCAAGGAAACUGAACUGGCAAUGGAAGCAAGCCAUCAACUAUUCAUGAACUUAUCUUAAAUAUUACAUAUGGUAAACUGGUAGACCAUUUGUGAAGUCUUUACGAUUGAAGGGAAGUGAACACUGGUGCUAAAAGUUUACAAAAACAAAGAAUUGAAAGCUUCAGUAGCAGUGGUGAACAUCUCCUCAUCGAGAAAAUAUUUUUUCUUGAAGUUCGAAGGAUCAGUGGAAAAUAUUGGAGAAGCGAUUCGCUCGUACCAUCUUUUGAUCAAAGUUUAUCCUCGACGGCGGAAGACCAAUUAAAGCAAUAUUGUUGAAGAGUAUUGGACUCACACGGUACUCUUUAAAUCCUGGUACUCUUUUAUUGCAUUUCAACCAAAGCAAAGAUGGAAUCCAUGGCUAGCUGCUCGCUUUGGUUGUCAAAAACAGCGAACGUUAUGUCCUAUUGGAUGUGUACGCGACCCGAGGGAAAUCACUGACGAAAACCAGCCGAUUUUCAUUAGGCAAUACACAAACAACGCGAAAAAACUUCAACUUAGUGUUGUCUGGCUAGUUAGUAUUCAAACGAUUGUGUGUUAAGAAGGAAAUCAAGAAGCUAAUGGCGUAUGGGAAACGGUGAAGGUCAGAGUGGUUUAUUACGGGUGGAAUCGUGGUGAAAUCUACGUUCACUAUUUACUUUCGAAUGAACAAGGCACAUUUCAUAUGUUUUAAUGGCUUCGAGGACAAAGCCAUCGCAUAGAGCCGAACAAAAUCUUUUUUAAUGUAUAUUGAGUACAGAAUGGCUCAAGCCGAAUUGAUAACCCAUUCUUCGAGUGCAUUUUCUUCUUUCAAUAGGCCCAAUGGAACAAUCUACACGGGCCUUUGUGCGAACAAAAUCCAUGUUGAUACAGCUACGAACGCUCUGCGAAGUCUAACACAAAACCUUGUGAACACGUAUAAGCGAUGUGGCUUGAAAGUCCCUGAGACUAAUGGGAAAAAGUCGCGACAGAAUUCCAAAACUACUGGCAAUAGCAACAGCGAGGGAGACUACAAAGUAGUGCUUCAUGAAGAGUUGUGUUCAGCAACAUCGCGGUACGAAGUUCUCGAAUUCCUGGGCCGCGGAACAUUUGGACAAGUCGUCAAAUGUUGGAAAAAAGGCACGAACGAGCUUUGCGCCAUCAAAAUAUUAAAAGACCACCCCUCGUAUGCUCGACAGGGACAAAUAGAGAUCGGUAUUUUGGCCAAGUUGAGCGCCGAGAAUUCAGAGGCUUUUAAUUUUGUUCGCGCGAUCGAAUGCUUUCAGCACAAGAAUCACACAUGUCUGGUGUUCGAAAUGUUACAACAAAAUCUCUACGAUUACCUAAAACAAUCCAAGUUUAACCCAUUGCCUUUGAGACACAUUCGACCAAUAGUUCAGCAAGUUCUGGUCGCAUUGUCAAAGCUAAAAUCCCUGGGACUUAUCCACGCAGACUUGAAGCCCGAAAAUAUUAUGCUUGUUGAUCCAGAAAAGCAGCCGUUUCGUGUAAAAGUGAUUGACUUUGGUUCUGCAACGCAAGUAUCUAAAGCUGUUUGCUCUUCGUAUCUUCAAAGUCGAUAUUACAGAGCACCAGAGGUCAUUCUUGGUCUGCCAUUUUGUGAAGCAAUUGAUACAUGGUCUCUGGGAUGUGUAAUUGCAGAAUUAUUUCUGGGGUGGCCACUGUACCCAGGCUCUUCAGAAUAUGACCAGAUUCGCUACAUUUCACAGACCCAGGGUUUGCCUGAUGAUCAUCUAUUGACAAAUGGCUCCAAAAGUUCAAAAUUUUUCAAAAAAGCUUUAAGUGCAACUUCAGGAUUGUUGGAAUGGAAGCUGAAGACUGGCAGUGAACAUGAAAGAGAAACCAAAAUCAAGUCACAAGAAGCAAGAAAGUACAUUUUCAACUCUUUGGAUGAGAUGGCUCAGGUCAACUUGUCGAGCAGCUUGGUUGGAAAUGAACGUGUAGCAGAAAAGAUUGACAGGUAUGAGUUUACAGACUUGUUGAAGAAGACUCUUAUUGUUGAUCCAGACAAGAGGAUCACUCCAGAUGAAGCCCUCAGACAUCCGUUUAUCACUCUGGCUCGUUUGGUUGACUUUGCUCACUGUAAUACGUUUAAUUUAGCAGUAAAGAGCAUGCAAGUUUGCCGAUACAACAGAGGAGUAGCUGACCAAUCGUCAGCCCUUCCUUCUAGUUCUCUGUUUGGUCUUCCACGAGCAUCAACAAGCUCGUACGUUCAUCUUCCAAUGGUGCGAAGCGAAGCCAUGGUCAGCCAAGAUCACAUGAGUGGCUUGCCACAACCCUCAGCAGAACAGUUCACAGCCCAUGCUGGUCUACCUGUGGCUCCCCUUCAAGCUGUGCAGCCCAGUCUUCAACCAUCUACUUCAGAUUUCCUUGGCGCUCAUUUCAUCCCCCAGCAUGCAGUUCUUUGUCAGCCAGACAACUCCUCACCUCAAAAACAUCUGUUUGCUCCGCAAGCAGCACCUCAGCAGCCUAGGCCAGUUGUGGUAUCGAUGGCCAUCCCUCAAGCAUCGCUCACACUACCAGCCUCUUCUGGUCUUUAUGCUAAAAGUGUUCCACUUCAAACAUGGACCCCAAAGCGGUUUGGCUCAGAUCCUGCUUUACAGCUUUUACCUCACUGGACAGGAGCUGUUGGUUUAUCAACCGUUCAACCGAUAAUUCCUGAGAACUUGCAAGGAAUGGAUAACCCAAGCCGACCAAUGAACCCGCCGCCAGUUGGCGCAUGGCGAGGGUCAGAUGACAAUGGCUAUAUUUCAGCAGAACCCAGCCCUGGCGUGUAUCACAUGGAAAGUGAUGGAUUUGAACGCCCCCGUGAGCCUCGUCAUCUCAUCAGCCACGAGUGGUCCCGUCCCGCGGGCUCCGUGCUGUUUUCUGUCAUGCCCGUGAUGCAGCAGCCGGUCGCCCCGCCACCGGUCUGGAGUGGGCCUCACAUACCUACCGGUUUGUUGCCUUGGCAGCUGUCAGCCAAUACUUUUCAAAACGGCCCCAGCGCCCACGUACCAAUGGGACUGUCCAGCGGGCAUGCUCCUCUGAGGCGUACGGUAUCCUCUCCGGGGAGGAGAAGGUAUGGUGAAAGGACAUAUUUAUUCGGGGAGGUGAACCAAGUGUCGAGUCCCCUGGGGUUUGUGCGCCAGGAGAGCGAGUCGUCAAAUGCACCAGCGAAACAAACUUCGUCUCCGAUUGAAAUUCCAGAUUCGCCCUCCUCUCCAAGUGUCAUUACGGUUUCAAGUUCCAGCGAUGAAAUGGAACCUAACUCGCUUGACACAAACAAAACUGGUCGCAAUUCGCACGACAUCGCAGAGGAUGACGUCGACGAUGAUGACGUCGACGAUGACGAACCCGAGCAAUGUGACGUCACGGAACACGACGAUCAUUGUGAUGGAUUCGGUGAUGACGAGGACGAAGAUGACGAGGAUUGUAUAGUGACGUCAUCGUUUUCUCUUGGAAGCGCGAGUCCCGGAUUAAACGAGUCCAUAGAGCACGCCCAUGGUAAUGCUGGAUUUGCCAGCGGUGUCUCCACCGACGAGAUGGUGUCUUCUACUACAACAUAUGGAAACUCUCAAGACUUUCGACACCCCAGUAGACUUGCGGGUAAUUUUAAUGAUCAUCGAAACGCUAAAGACAGUGCAAUGAUUUAUUGUUCUGACACCGAAAGCGCUGACGAGAAAGGAGAAGUAACGGAAGUGACGAACAAUUAUGGCCAGCUUCCCGGUCAACAGAAUCAAAUCUCUGUGGCUGCCAGUUCGCAGCAGGUUGGCCUUGCUAACCACUUCACCAGCGAUCAAAUGCAACCUGCUCGGUUCUCAACGCAUCCCUUUGAGCCCGCAGCACCUCACCGCAGUCCAACCAAAGUAUCUCGCCCCAGUUCCUUGGGUAUCAUUCCGCAUUACAAUCAACACGUUGGGCCGACGUACAUUUCGCCGACACUACCCUAUCCCCCUUCGCAAACUCUACUCGUGUCUGGAAAUGAACCGCGUUGCUGUGGUAACGAUUCGUUUCACGAGGGGAACUCCUUGGUGAUCUUGCCUCCCGCGCAUACGCAGUAUGUUUCACAACCGCUGUACACCGGAGUUGCGAGAAUAUCUACGGCAGGCCCAGUGUCAGGUCACGUGCCGUACUCUUACGUGACGUCAACAGGCGGCGCUGGACCAUCGCUUGUAAAUCCAGGCCUCCCGCAAAGGCAGGUUCUUUCUCACGGAAAUUGUCCGGCCCCAGUCCAACCUGGCCUCUCGUUAGCAGGCGUAGGUUACCAAGCACCUCCGUCGUUUGUAAAUCAGCGAUAUCAGGCUCCAGUGGUUGGUGCCGUAAAAACGUUUAAUGUUUUACCAAGCAGUUCAUAUAACCCGUAUGGCAGGUAUAUUCUAAGUCCGACAAAGCAGCGACUAUUUUAUCCAUGAUUUCACAAGUAGUGUCUUCGGUGGGGAAGUGAAAUGAGUCGUGUGUCGAAGUGAAAAAUAGUGAAAAAAAUCACACAAAAAAAAUGCGUGAAUGAGAUAGACAAACAAAAAAAGGUUUAAAUAAGAGUGACAAUGAAGUGAUUGGAAGCAAGUAAUGCGCUUUGUGAUUCAGAUUACAGUGAGGUAAUUGACCAGUUUUAAGAUUUUCGAACGUAGGAACUGUGAAUUCGUAAGUGUAGGAAUGCAGAGAACUCAUUAUUUGCAGAUAAUCAAUUUUAAUUUAUCAAGGUAUACUCGAUUUGUUGUGUUCAUUAAUUUAUAAUUAUAACAAAGAGGUGAGGUAUUGUCUAUCGAACCCGGGUCCGUGCUUGUAGCUGUGAGAUUGCGAGGUUUUAAUUGUAUAUUAGUAUUUUAAAUGACGUGAUAUUUAGCAGCUAAGAUAUUUAUAUUAUGCGCAAGGGCCUAGGCAUGUCUAAAUCAGGUUUUAUUCCCGGUAGUGAAUAGCGUACUGAAAUUAUACAGCACUUCAAAAGUGUAAAUGGCAAAUGUUUGGCGUGCGUUCUUAAGUAGUUGUUAGAUACAGGAUCAGAUUUGAAGAGAACCCAUUCUGCAGAUAACAACUAUUGAAUAUUAAAUUAUACCGAAGUUGAUAAGACAUUCUGCAGGUAAUAACUAUUAAAUAUUAAAUUAUACUGAAUUCUCAAAUAGCUUACAAUUACCCGCUGUUUGUUACGUUGGGAAGGUAUGUGGUCAUUUAAAUGCGUGACCUUUAGCCGUUAUCUCCGUUUUGAAUAGAAUUACAGUUUUUCUUCUUGCACAUAAGUAAUAGAUAAAGAGUUGUAGAGACUAGAUUACCCAGACGGCCGUAUCAUGUGUCGUGUAGGUAGUGGUUGCUUUAUAACCUUGCAGCCAAGCUUAGAAUAUUUAUUCUUUACUGAUUUUGCUUGUAAUUCUUUCUAAGAGGCUUAUAGUACUCGAAGACCAUUCUCGUUACCUGCUGGUUUUCAGUAUUCUCAUUACGUUUGUGCUGGUGACGAUAUUGUUACAGUGAAGUGAGUAUAGCUUUUAAUCAUUGACUUGAUGUCUGGGAUAUGAGCACAUUUCAGACCUAUAAUCGAUGAGUGACGAUGUAGCAUUUUUUUUUAUUAAGAAUCUCUUGGAAGAUAAGAAAAGAUAUCGUUUUUGAGGUGAAAGGCUUAAUUUCUGUGUUGUAUAAUUCGAUUCAUUAUUUUUUCACUGUUCAUUGGAUCAGAUUAGGAGUGGUGAAAUAAUGUAAACAGUUACAUAGUUAUGGUAUUAUUAGGCGUGAAUAUUACUACAGAAUUUUUGAGAGUAAUUUUAACUGGGAAAAUCGACAUUGAAGCGAAUAUUUUGUUCUUUAUAAGAAUUGAACGUAAAUCGAACACAAUAAGCGUCAUAUCUUUGUUAGUAAUGGGUGUUGCUGCAACCACCUUCAAAAAUUUGUAUUGUGCAAUAGUUAAGCCUUACAACUACUCCAGAAUAAAAAAGUCGUUGAAUGGAAGAUAAUAGAAUUAUGAUUAACACGAUGACUCUUCUAAAGUGGCUUAAUAGCUUCCCUUCACUAUAAACCAGGUAAUUGUUGGCAGUUAUAUUUUUCAAGGAAAUAACCAGAUAUUUUAAAGACUAUUGUUUGUUUGAUCCUUAUCCGGGCCUGGUGUUUUCAAGAAAUUUGAACCUAAUGGUACACACGACCUUGUAUAUCCUCGUGAAUUUCUAACUGAGUGACACCAUUUGUAACAUUUGGGAGUGUGAAUUAUUGUUGUGGGUCUUGAUAUCGAAAGUCUCCUUUGAAAUAUGUUAUCAGUUUAUAGGCGAUAACUUAAUUAUUCCAUACACAAAUGCAAAUUAGAAAGACUCUCUCCCGAAGGGCUAUUGCUUCAUUGCCUUCACUGUUCGGAUGUCUUCGUCCUCCGUCGGGAAAAUUCGUUUUUCUUCGGCCCUGUGGAAGAGUCUUGGGGUUGUGAUUUGUGUAUGGCAAGUGUAAAAAGUCUAUUUUAUUCUAUGAUGGCAAUGAAUCACAAGGAGUUUUAGAACAACCGUUUUAUGAAUGGUGCUCGCUGUUUAUAACGAACAUUGAUUGAUUUUGGAGCCUGAUAAAGGCUCGGAAUAUUCAAUAAACUUAUUUUUUAUUGGUGGGAGUCA